AUGGCGGAAACUAAGGCGGAUAUGGUGGCUGUGACGGAGGCCGAAGGUCAGCGUGUGGCUGUGGCGUUCAUAGCGAGAUGGCCAGUCAGGCGGGAGAGAAAUGGCCUGUCGAAAAUGGAGGCGGAGACCGGCGGACAGCAGAAGACAUCCUCGCGCCUGGAUUGCCGACGAGUGAAAUCCGAUCAAUCGAGACUGAGAUGCGGCCGUGAGGGACGCUCCGCCGCUGCCGCGAGGGGCUCUGCAUUCAGUCAAUCGCGACCACUGCCGGCCGCCACAUACAUAUCGCGGUGCGUCAAUUUCGGUCCGGUUCGCCGACGAGAUCUGACCUCCGGUCGUCCGCGACAGUGGAGGCGCGAUUUCCGGUGUUUGAAUGGUUGCGACGGCCACCGGCGUGGGGCAGAGCUUCGCGAUGGAGGAGACGGCGUGUUAAACGGCGGCGAUUCAGAGCUCAACACUUCCGGCAGCGAGGCGGCACCUGGCGGACUUCCAGCAGCGAACGUCGGUAAGGCGCUUGCCGACAGGAAUCAGUGA